UCUGUCUCUCCCGGGGCGGAAAGGCGGUGAUCGCCAUGGAGACUUGAAGCGAGGUUAUAAAGCAGAUCUGGAGAGCCGCCGCCUCGAGUCACCAUCAGGCACCGAACCGCGGGGACCGGUAGCAGUGGGAGGCCAUGCUGAAACCGCGGGACCUGGGCCCGGGGGAGUCCACCCGGACUUUCCUGGAGGCCAUGAACGCGGGCCGGCUGCAUCUGGCGCGCUUUGUCCUGGACGCCCUCGAUGGGGCCAUCGUGGAUUGCCGAUCAGAGCGCGGCCGUUCGCCGCUCAUGUUCGCCGUGCUGUUGAAGGACCCGGCGUGGCGCCUGGCCUUUGCGCGGCUGCUGCUGGAGCGUCGCGCCGCGGUAAACCUGCGCGAUGAUGCCGGGCGCAACGCCCUCAGUUUGGCCUGCGAGCGCGGCUAUUUGGAGGUCAUCAAGCUGCUGGUCCAGUUCGGCGCCGACCCAGACGCAGUGGACGCGCGCGGCUGGAGCCCCCUCAUGUACGCCUCCUCGCAAGGGCGGACGGCGGUGGUCGAGUGGCUCUUGCGCUCCUUCCGCCGCCUCGGGCAGCUCUACCUCGAGCGCGCCGACCGCGCCGGCCAUACAGCCCUGCAGCUCGCCGCCAACGGGGGCCACCACCAGUGCGUGCGGGCGCUGCGAGCGGCCGGCGCCUUGAUCCUCAUCCUCCCGGAGCCGCAGUCCCCGGCCAACGACGACAGCGGGGCCGCAUCUGCGGCUUCUCCCCCGCACCACGCGGCCAGCGAGCGUGGGCUCCCACAAGACGAGGAGGGCGCGCAGGAGCAGAGAUUCCGGGAAGCAGCCGCAGACGGCCCAGAAGCGAGAAAGGAGCCCUCGGCGGCGAGAGGACGCCCGCUGAUUCGCAGGUCCACGGCGCCCGACUGUCAGAGCCUUCUCGGCUACUAA